ACCCACCCCACGGCUGUUAACCUCAGCAAAGGCACGGUCACCACCACCACACUCCUCUCUUUUCUUCCCCAGCACCACCGUACCCGCAGCUACGAGUGGAGGGUCUGAGGCAGUGAGCGCCGGCAUGGUGAGCCGUGAGCAGCACACCCACAGCUACGAGCACCUGGUGCUGGACCCGGCGUCCCUCCCUCUGGGCGUGUCGUGGGCCGACCCGGCCGCCGUCGAGAUCCCGCCGCAGCUCCUCGCGGCGCUGGGGGAGUACCUCUCCGCCGCCCGCGGCGGCGGUGGCGAGGAGGACGCGGAGGCGGACGACGAGUUCAUGAUGUACGAGUUCAAGGUGCGGCGGUGCGCGCGCGCGCGGAGCCACGACUGGACGGCGUGCCCGUACGCGCACCCGGGCGAGGCCGCGCGGCGCCGGGACCCGCGCCGCGUCGCCUACACGGGGGAGCCGUGCCCGGACUUCCGGCGCCGCCCGGGCGCCGCGUGCCCGCGCGGCCCCGCGUGCCCGUUCGCGCACGGCACCUUCGAGCUGUGGCUCCACCCGUCCCGCUACCGCACCCGCCCCUGCCGCGCGGGCGUCGCAUGCCGGCGCCGCGUCUGCUUCUUCGCGCACACCGCGGCCGAGCUCCGCGCCGGGGCCAAGGACGAGUGCUCGCCGCUCUCGCUCUCGCUCUCGCCCAAGUCCACCCUUGCGCCGCUCUGGGAGUCGCCGCCGGUGUCUCCAGUGGAGGCGGGCCGGAGGUGGGUCGACGCCAUCGACGAGCCGUCGUUGGACGCCGCCGACGCGGAGAUGGAGGAGCUGAUGCUCGCAAUGCGGGAGCUCAGCUUCAGGAAGGCCCAGGCAGCGUCGUCGGCGCCGGUCCUGCCUGCGGUCACGGAGGAGGACGGGCCGGACUUGGGGUGGGUGUCGGAGCUGGUGAUGUAGGCAUGCCAGCACCUGCCCAGUUCCCCAGUGCCGGCGGCCGAGCCCAAGAUGUGGAUGCCAUCUCCGUCAAGAGGCGCCUCUCGAUCGCCAUUCGGAACAGCUUCAUUAAGCAAUAUUAAUUCUAGCAUUUUCAUGAAUGAAUUGCAUCAUUCUUCUGUGGAUAAACCAAACAUGAUGCAAGCAACUAUUAAUACUGCAAUCUGUAAGCGUGGCGCGUGUGUGUUUCCCCCCUUUUUCCCGGAGAUCAUGGCCUCAACAUGCUGCUGUCCAUGGUUUCGGUUCGAUCAUUACUACCAGUGUAUAUGUACAUAAAGAAGUGUAGUUGGCCAUGAAUGAGCCUUCGUUGUUUCGUGAUGUAUCACAGUGUACUACUGCCUUCUGGACUCAAAAGUGAGGCACAUAUAUAUAUCUACUAUACCAAACAUGGUUUCGUGCUC